AUGUCUUUCCAAGAUGGAAUACGCAAGACGUUCAGUGCAUACUACUGGGGAGUUUUGUUAGCACCUAAGCAGUCCAACGGCCGCGACAACAUUGCAUACGACUUUUCGGACAGCGCCCAGUUGGAUAGUGGAACUGGACAAGACCUGAACUCAGAAAGAGAUUGGUUCUCCAGGAUUAAGAACCACGUCAAUCAGUUGGACAGUUGA